AUGGUAGCUGCAAUGCCAACCUCGGGCGCGAACGGCGGGGACGUUUCGAGAGCCCACAUGGCGAUGGCGGCCGUGCAAGUCUUCGCCGGCGGCUACCACGUUAUCACCAAAUUGGCGCUCAACGUCGGCGUUAAUCAGCUCGUAUUCUGCGUCUUGAGAGACCUUCUGGCCCUCUCGAUCCUAGCCCCGGUUGCCUAUGUCCGUGAGAAACGGCAAAGAUUGCCACUAAAUAGGCAGUUCAUUACAUCCUUUUUCUUUCUUGGUUUAACAGGCAUUUUUGGAAAUCAACUUUUGUUUCUUCUCGGUCUUGGCUACACGAAUCCAACUUAUGCUGCAGCCAUACAGCCUGCUAUUCCAGUCUUCACAUUUAUAUUGGCUGUAAUAAUGGGUACAGAAACUCUAAAUUUACAAAAAGCUGAAGGUCAAGCAAAGCUAGGAGGUACCCUUGUUUGUGUCUUUGGUGCGGUUCUGAUGGCUAUGUUCCGAGGUCCAGCUGUGUUUGGAUAUAAGGAAUUAGAUUUCACAUCGCAUACUGAAAUAAGCGCCAAGGGUCAGCCAGAGCCUGCUGGUUGGUUGAUGUCUAGUCUACUUGACUUGGGCUUUGAUAAUUGGCACCUUGGGGUUUUAUGUUUGAUAGGGAACUGCAUGUGCAUGGCUACAUAUCUAGCCAUUCAGGCCCCCCUUUUAGCCAAGUAUCCUGCAAGUAUAUCAGUGACAGCAUAUUCAUACUUUUUUGGUGCAUUGUUCAUGGUGGGAACUGCCAUUUUUAUGACAAAUGAAUCAACAGACUGGAAUCUCACACAGUCCGAGAUUUUUGCCGUAUGCUAUGCUGGAGUUGUGGCAUCUGCUCUUAACUAUGGGCUUUUGACAUGGUCAAAUAAAGUCCUUGGUCCUUCAUUGGUCGCUUUGUAUAAUCCACUUCAACCCGCUGCUUCCGCUUUCCUUAUACUCGGUGGAUUUUUCAUCAUAGCCGGGCUUUACUUGGUCACAUGGGCAUCUUACAGAGGAAAACAGGCAAAUAUGGGAAUGCCUCCUCUUCCCUCUCGGUCAUCCGAAACCAUCGUUAAUCGGGAUUCAUCCAUCACUAAGAUAUCAUUCCAGCUUGGACAUCUCUUCUCAGGUUCAUCAACAUCGUCCCCUAAGAUUGUCGAUUAACUUGAAUCUUCACCUAUAGUUUGUUGUGAUUGACCUUUGGAUCACUAAUGCUUAUGGGAAAAAUUUUCAUUGCUUAUACAUUUUGAUGAUUUCUAACCUACAUUCUUCAAUAUAUAUACAUAUAUCUAUAUGUUAAACUCUUUAUUCGAAAUUGGUUUGGUUGUGAUAUAGCUAGGACUACGCAGCAGAGCCAUAAAGUAUUAUCACAUGACAACAAUUUGAAUCCAUCUAGCAAGUUCACACCACAUACAAUUUGGCUUACUAGUUGCUUAUGGUCGUAGCAUUAUUAAAUUAAAUGGGUGAUUGGAAAUAAAUUUUUUGGUGUUAGAUCGGAUUUAUUGGAUAAAGUGAGUUAAUUUUGAACAAAAAAAGUUUAUUAAAUGGAGGAUUGAGUGAGACUUUG